AUGUGCAAUAAAUUUGAGAAAUCAAUUUUUCCUAAAUGUGCUCAAGAAAAUCCAAAUAUAUCAUUUAUUAUAGUAAAUAUUGAUAAAUUAUAUGAUUUACCUCAAGCCAAAACCGUUUCAAGUUUACCAUUUUUUAAAGCUUAUAAAAAUCAAAAUCAAAUAGCAGAAUAUGCAGGCUCCGAUGAAAAUAGAUUUGAAGAAUUGGUUUUAACCCUAAAAUCUUCAUAA